UAAGGUGUUUGAGGUUUUAUUUACAGAAUUUAUUUUAUUUUACCAUUUGCAAUUGCACUUUACCUAAUUUUUGAUAUAACAUCAUUUUUCUGAAGUUAUAUUUAGAAGUAAACAGAGGAUGAUCUUGCAUUCCAGUUAUCAUAAAAUUUAACGCAAAUUCUGCUUGGGAAGCAAUUAAAAUGUACAACAACAACUAGAACUAAGCCUUAAUCCUAAACUAGCUAGAAGCAAUUGAAAUGUAACUUAAGAAAAUUCGAAAUUGUUGCAUUCUUGUAGCUUUUAAUUUCAUUUUCACAAUGACUUAACAAAUAAUUCUACUUCACUAGGCAACCAAAACUUCUAGCGAGUACGUGUAGCAGGAUUGCAAACUUCUGAAACCUUAAGUACACAACUUGAUUAUAAAAUGAUUGAGCAUGUAUUAUUUUUCCCUUGGUAGAGGUUCAAAUGAUUAAUGAAGGAGAAAUCAGGGAAAUGCAAAACGGCUAGUAGAGGACGUUGAUAUAAAUGGGUGCACCUAAAUGAAUUUUCUUUUCUCCAAGAAAAAAAAUGAUUUCAAUUCUGAGCUAAUCUGAAAGUAUCUGUUUAAGAAUAUAAAGGAUAUUAGGAAGAGUUUGAAUGUUCCAUUCAUGAUUUGUGAUGACAAGGAAAUAAAGUUGUAAGGUUGUCAAAAAGAAGUCAGAAGAGUAAAUAAAAGAAGAUAGAAUAAUGAAUCAAGUUUUUUAGCAAGUAAGAACAUGAAGAGAUUUGAAAUUUAAAGAAGCCUGAUGGAAGAGAUUUGAAUGCUAUGUUAAUUAUGAAAAGAACUCAAAUAUGUCAAGGCAGUUAGGGAAUCCAAGACAGGAUAAGAAUAGGCUUCAGUUAAUUGGGAGUAACCUGACUCUUCAGUUUUUCUGCUGGCUUAUGGUUAGUUAAGUUCUUGUAUUUUUUUGUAUUUUCUGAAUUGCUGUUAGUUUUAUCCUUUACUGAAGGUUGUGGGUAAGUCAGUAAAGAAUACUCACCUCAGGGUGAGCUUACUACUUAGAUGCUUUUAGUAGUUAUCUGCUCCGCACUUGGCUUGUGGCGUUUAUCGUGGGCACAAUAACUGGUACAUUGGAUGGGGAUCCUUCCAAGUCCUCUUGCAUUAGGGGAAGUGACCUCUCAGUGCUCUAAUGAAAUGGGAGGAAAAUAAAUGUUGUGUGAUUGUUGAAGGUGGCAUAGUCAUUGCAUCUGGAAGAAAUCGAACAACAGAGACAAGAAAUGCCACAAGACAUGCAGAGAUGGAAGCAAUCGAUGUUCUUCUUGAGCAGUGGCAAAAAAGUGGACUUUCAACUUCAGAAGUUGCUGAAAAAUUUUCAAAAUGUACUCUUUAUGUUACAUGUGAACCAUGUAUAAUGUGUGCUGCAGCUUUGUCUAUCCUUGGUAUAAAGGAAGUGUAUUAUGGAUGUGCAAAUGAUAAAUUUGGAGGCUGUGGAUCAAUAUUGUCACUGCAUUCUGGCAACUAUCAGCCACUUAUUAGAGAGGAAGCUGCUCAAUGGAAGGGUUUCAAAUGUACUAGAGGAGUAAUGGCAUCUGAGGCAGUUUCGCUUUUACGAUGUUUCUAUAAACAAGGGAACCCUAAUGCUCCGAAGCCUCACAGGCCAGUAACUUUCCAGGUAACACAUCACUAAAAUAUCUUGAAACUAUCAGAGUACCUUUCGCUUCCUGUUCUCAUGAUUUAAGACUUGGACUUUCAAACAGUACUUGCUAUAUGUGAUACAUACACAAAGGAAUGUAUAAGUUUAGAAAUAUUUACUUGAAAAUGUUCUAUUUUCAUUUUAUGUGUCACUUCUGGAAGUGUAGACUUUAACUUUUUGUUCUUAUAUAAAAUGAAGAACUCACGAUGACUGAAGCUGUUUUAGAAAAAA